CCAUGGUCAUUUGCCACCGAUCACGUAUGUAAUGAAUACUCCAGAUGCCCUCGUGUCGACCGCUUGAAAGUCUGCGCAAACCUCGCUUUCACCUUGGUCUAAACUUCGUUUUUCACACCGCCUCUACUAACUGAUCCGCAUCUUACGCUUGAAGCUUCUUCCUGGGUUUUAACUGUGUUUAAACAUGUCGGCACCGGCAGCAACGCAGCUCAAGGAUGAGGGCAAUGAGCUGUUUAAGAAGCAAGACUAUGUUGGGGCAUUUGCAAAAUACACCGAGGCUAUUGCUCUGGAUGACAAGAACGCUGUUCUAUAUGCGAACCGUGCUGCUUGCAGUUAUGGGUUGAACAGAUACCUAGAUGCUGCCGAUGACGCAAAAAUGGCUACAGAGGUUGAUCCAGCCUAUUCCAAAGGGUGGUCACGACUGGCAGCAUCUCGAUACGCCCUUGCGGACUGGGAGCGAAGUGCUGAAGCGUGGCAGAAGGCGUUGGAUGCACUCCCAAAAGAUAACCUCACUCCCGCAGAGCAGCGGCAGAAAGAUCAGUAUACUGUCGAUCUGAAUGCAGCCCAGGCACGUAUCAAGGUGGUUAGUGAGCUACCUCUUGCUCGUUUCAGGGCCAGUGACGGCAAGCUGCCUUGGCAAGUGGCGACGGAGAUGCUUCCUGAAAUGAGGAAAGCGGGUCUCAAAAAAGUUUCUAGCAGUGCUUGGGUGAUCGCAUAUGCGUAUGAGGAAUUCACCAAAGGGGUAAAAAUUAUGAACGAAUUGAAAAAGGUUCCUCACCCUCAAGCUCCAGGAGGAUUUGCCUAUCACGGAAACCUCCAGGCCUCGACGUAUCUGACAAAUGGUUUAAUGCGUGACGAGCGCGCGUUCCAUAUCAAUCAGCCUGAUUGGAUUACCGCGUACAAUCAACAAGCCUGGCACUCUGACGGGCUCGAAACUGUCAAGGAACUGGUACAGACACGCCUAAAGGAAAAGGGCUGGAAUGAUGUACGCCCCGCUUUGUCCGUGACUGUUCGGUACGUUGUGGGAGCUUCUGCAUGGAUAAUGAGAGGCGCGCUCGACGGCAAAUUAAGAAACGAACCUCAAGCCGGUGUUCAGUUUUUGAAACGAGCUGUCGACUUGCUUGAAUGGGGAAGAAAUAUUUGGAAGAAUGUCACCCACACAGACCGUGGGGCGAUUUUCCAGGAUACGUUUGUGCGAGGUGUACGUAGCAUGCACCUCAGUAUGUUCAUGGACGCUUACCAUACCGACCCUGGCUUGAACUCCAAGUUCCCCCUUGAACACCUGAAGGAAGAAGCCGAGGACCUCCUUAAAGAGAUCUACAUAGCAUCAAAGACACCCAGUAAGGAGGAAGUUGACCCCGGUUUCGUGUCGUCGUAUUGUAUAUAUCCUGCUGGGAUGGCCUAUUCUGACCUUGUGGAGCGUAUGUUCAGCUUUGUGAAUGGGGCAAAGGCGUACAUGGAGGCAGCUGGCAAAUACCCUGAGGAUGACGAGUUACAUGCAUGGUACUUGAGUUGCGCCAUGGAUUGUAUGCGAAAUGCUGGUGUCUCCAUUCGCGACUUCAAUAAAGUCGCCAAUGAUUUACGGAAAGCCGUGCCGAAGAUGAUGAAGAUAUGGACCGUCUCCGCGCUGCAGCAAGGUGGACGAGACGAGAAAAUACAAGCGAACUUAGACAGUGCAGAUAACAUGAUGAAGCGUAUCGCUGAAGGAAAGUUGACACUGGAAGAUCCUGUACCUUUGUGAUCAUGAUUCACGCCGUCCCAUACUUACAUGCCACACUUUUGUAAUCAUAUGCUCUUGUACAUUACAUGACAAUCCAUACGAGUAGACUCAUACAGGACCGAUAUGCU